AUGGCUCAAACUCUAUAUUUCCCUCUUCUCCUCAUUGCUCUCUGCUCCAUAUCUGAAUGUGUUCAGCGUCAGUAUCACUUUAUAAAUGAGACGAAGAACUGGACUGAAGCGCAGAGAUACUGCAGAGAGAAAUACACAGAUCUGGCCACCAUUGACAACAUGAAUGACACAACUGAGCUGAUGAAAAGUGUGAACGAUGGAGGUAAUCAGUAUAUCUGGAUUGGUCUUCAGAAGACGAGUGUUUAUAAAUGGCAUUGGUCUUCAGGUGAUCCUGCGCUCUUUCUGAACUGGCAUUCUGGACAACCAGACGACAGCUGUAAUUGUACUGUGAUGAGAAAUGGACAGUGGUUUAAUAAGGAAUGUAGUAAUAACACUCCUGUCUUUAUCUGCUACAACAUGAGCACAGGACUGGUGUUUGUCAAUCAGAACAUGAACUGGACAGAUGCUCAGAGUUACUGCAGACAGAAUUACAUUGAUCUGGUCAGUGUGAGGAACCAGAAUGAGAAUCAACAGCUGGAGAAGUUCAUUAAAGACAGUCGGGCAUUUGGAUCUGAAGUCUGGAUCGGUCUGUUCAGAGACCCAUGGCAGUGGUCAGAUCAGAGCAACUCCUCAUUCAGAUACUGGGCUGCUGAUUUUAAAGAUUUUGCAUACAGUGCAGCGAUUCAACCAAACAAACAGGGACAAUGGGGUGACUACUCUAGUAAUUACCACCAGUUUCCCUUUGUGUGUCAUGAAGAUAAACUGAUUGUGAUCCAGCAGAAUCUGUCGUGGUCUGAAGCUCUGAGAUACUGCAGACAGAAUCAUGUGGAUCUGGUCUCGGUUCAGUCAGUGGAGAUGCAGCGUCGUGUGAUGAACGUGGUUAAACUGGCGUCUACUGAGGCGGUGUGGUUGGGUUUACGUCACUCCUGUGCUUUGGGCAUCUGGUUCUGGGUGAGUGGAGAGACCGUGUGCUAUCAGAAAUGGGCUCCAGGGAACGGCACAUCAGAGGAGGACUGUGAGCCCACAGUGAGAUCUGGAGCAGUUCAGUCUGGAGGAAAUCAGACCUGGAUCAGCCGUCCUGAACCUGACAGACUCAACUUCAUCUGCACAAACUACUGAGAGUGAAGAAGUAAGAGGAUGAAUGUGUUCAUUUAUCAUUAAAGUAAUAAUUUUACAUUAAAUCUUCAACUUCAACUAAUGCUUUAUGAUAGUGAUGAGCAUAUCUGAAGAGCAGCUUUGUGGGGAUUUGAAAUCUUUCUGAAAUUACACUGUUAACACUGGGUUAUUUCAACUCAAAUUGGGUAAAAUAUAGAGAAACUCAAAUGUUGGUUCAAUAAAUUAAUAAUAAACAAGCAACUGAGUUUAUCCACAUUUGAUUCAAAAUUGAGUUGGAAUAACAUUUUUAGUGUAUUGUGAUUUCAUUAAGCUGACAGUCGUGUGAUUUCAUUGAAUGACGCUUUGAUAUUUCAUACGAUAUGCAAAAUGAUUAGAAAUUUCAGUGCUUUGUCACUUGUGAGUGAAGCUUCUGUGGACCCAUGUCCAUAUACUCAAUAUCUGGCAUCUGAUCAGUUUUAUACAUGAGUUUUCUUAAUUUCUUGUGUUUUACUGAUCCCUGUAUGAUGGUUAUAGGCAUGAUGGGUAAUUAUUUUCCACCUAUAAAGUUGUCUUUAUUAUUUCUAUCAUGUCUUUAUAUUAAAAUGACUGGUUGAAUGUGAAUCACUGAGCGUUAUGUACAUUAAG